AGGAGGUAAAAAAGCAUGUCUGAGGAGGUCAGUUUGAAACGUGUACAUCCAUGGAAUUUCACAGAAGAGGAAUUCAGAGGAAAGCCCCACAGCAUUGGCAGCUCCGAGCGGAUUCAGCUCUCAGGAAUGUACAAUGUUCGAAAAGGGAAAAUACAUUUGCCAGUCAACAGAUGGACAAGACGUCAAGCUAUCCUUUGUGGAACAUGCCUAAUUGUCUCAUCAGUAAAAGAAAGCCAGACGGGAAAGAUGCAUGUCCUGCCUUUAAUUGGUGGCAAAGUGGAAGAAGUGAAAAAGCACCAGCACUGCUUAGCAUUUAGCUCUUCUGGACCUCAAAGCCAGACUUACUACAUUUGUUUUGAUAACUUCACUGAAUAUUUACGAUGGCUUCGACAAGCAUCAAAGGUUGCAUCACAGCGCAUAAGCUCAGUGGAUCUUUCAUGCUGCAGCUUGGAGCAUCUGCCUGCCAACUUGUUUUAUAGCCAAGACCUCACUCAUCUCAAUUUAAAGCAGAACUUCCUGAAGCUAAACCCUAGCCCAUCCACAAGCAGAGCACUUAGUGAAUUACAAAGAUUCACCAAGUUGAAGAGCCUUAACCUCUCCAAUAAUAAUUUAGGAGAAUUCCCACUGGCAGUUUGCAGUAUCCCAACCCUGACAGAGCUCAACGUGUCCUGCAAUGCCCUCAGAAGUGUUCCAGCAGUCGUAGGCGAGAUGCACAACUUGCAGACAUUUUUGCUGGAUGGUAACUUUCUCCAGUCCCUUCCUGAUGAAUUGGAGCAUAUGCAUCAGCUCAGCUAUGUGAGUCUGUCCUUCAAUGAAUUCACUGACAUUCCAGGAGUAUUAGAGAAGCUGACUGCAAUGGACAAACUCUGUAUGUCAGGAAACUGUAUGGAUACACUCAACUUGCAAGUGUUAAAAAGGAUGCCUCAUAUUAAACAUGUGGACCUAAGAUUGAAUUCAAUUAGGAGAUUGGAGGCUGAUGAAAUAGACUUUCUCCACCACGUGACCCAGUUGGACCUCAGAGACAACAAACUUGGAGAGCUGGAUGCAACAGUAUUUAACAAUGUUGAAGUGUUACACUGUGAAAGAAAUCAACUGGUAACUCUGAAAACUAGUGGGUAUUUUCUCAAAGCCCUGUAUGCUUCCUCGAAUGAACUUGUUCAUCUUGAUGUGCAUCCAGUUCCUAAUUACCUGACUUACAUGGAUAUUUCUAGAAAUCAUCUGGAAAACCUGCCUGAGUGGGUAUGUGACAGCAGAAAACUGGAAGUGUUGGAUGUUGGCCACAAUCGGAUAAGUGAGCUGCCUGCCCGGUUGUUUUACAACAGCAGCUUGCGUAAACUGCUGGCAGGACAUAACUUGUUAGGAAGGCUACCAGAUCGGCUUGAACGAACACAAGUGGAGGUCCUGGAUGUGCAACACAACCAGCUCCUUGAACUGCCAUCUAACCUACUUCUGAAAGCUGACAGUCUGAGAUUUCUUAAUGCCUCUGCCAACAAACUGGAAAUGCUUCCCCCAGCAACCCUUUCUGAGGAGACCCAUAGCAUCUUACAGGAGUUGUAUUUGACCAAUAACAACCUCACGGAUAAAUGUGUACCCUUGUUAACAGGCCAUCCACACCUGAAAAUUUUGCACAUGGCCUACAACCGCCUACAGAGCUUCCCUGCAAGCAAAAUGGCCAAGCUGGAAGAGUUGGAAGAAAUUGAUAUUAGUGGUAACAAGCUGAAAGCCAUUCCAACCACCAUCAUGAACUGUAGACGCAUGCAUACUGUAAUUGCUCACUCCAACUGCAUUGAAGUCUUCCCAGAAGUCAUGCAGCUUUCUGAAAUAAAGUGUGUGGAUCUAAGCUGCAAUGAACUGAGUGAAAUCACAUUGCCUGAAAACUUGCCUCCAAAACUGCAAGAGCUGGACCUGACUGGAAACCCCAGAUUGGCCUUGGAUCACAAAACCCUUGAGCUGCUGAACAAUAUCCGUUGUUUCAAGAUUGACCAGCCCUCGGCUGGUGAUGCUUCAGGAGCUCCAGCUGUGUGGAGUCACGGUUACACAGAGGCAUCAGGAGUUAAGAACAAGUUGUGUGUGGCAGCCCUGUCAGCCAAUAACUUCUGUGACAACAGAGAGGCACUUUAUGGUGUUUUUGAUGGUGACCGCAAUGUGGAAGUACCAUAUCUGUUGCAGUGCACCAUGAGUGACAUCUUGGCAGAAGAGCUACAGAAAACAAAAAAUGAAGAGGAAUAUAUGAUCAACACUUUCAUUGUUAUGCAAAGGUGAGUCUUGGAUCUGAAACUUUUUUU